GAGAGAGAGAGAGAGAGAGAGAGAGAGAGAGGUUUAGAAUCUGUAAGAUAGUAGAAUCAAACACAGAGUUACAGAAAAAUACCCAAUUCGGAACUACUUGAAGAAUCAAGAAUGGAUAGUUUGUUUUUCAAACAAGGGAUUCACGCGGGACUCCCUUCACCCAUCUCCGUCGCUGGAUCUCUGGACGGCGGUGUGCACCCGGCGCAUGUCUGUGCUCUGGGACGUUCUGGAGGUGGGGCUUCAACCAACUCUAAUGGAAUUUCUCUUGAGAAAUCGACCGCCACAGCUUCGUCUCAGAGACCCUCUUCGUCGUCGAGGUUUUCCUUCCCGUUCCCUUUCAGAUCUCUGUGGCCUCGAGGUAGGAUUGGGAAGCCCAAUGACGGUGUCGCCCUCGACGAUGCCGUUAUAAUAGUUGGGAAUGGAGAAGACGGAGAAGUGAUCGCUGGUGAUGGACCCGAGAAGGAGAACGAGAACCGGAACCAGAACCAGAACCAGAACCAGAACGAGCCCUUGCUGUCUGGCGAUAAGCGGGAAAGUUGGGUUCUGAAAAUUCUCCAUGUAAGGUCUCUCUGGUCGGAAGACUCGAAACAAGGUCAUUCUGGCGUAGCGGAAUUGGGGCUAGAGGAAGAUGCGGUGAGCGGAUGUUCUUGUUGCCGUGACGGGGAUUCUGGAGUUUGUAGUGUUGAUGGCGAGGAGGAGGAGGAAGGGCAGGCUGAGCAGCAGGAGAUCACAUUUGAUAAGGAUUCCUUCUCCAGGUUGCUCCGCCGUGUGUCCUUGGCAGAGACCAAACUGUUUGCUCAAAUGUCGUAUUUGGGAAAGUUGGCUUAUACCAUACCCAAAAUCAAGCCAGGAAAUCUCCUGAAAUCUCAUGGCCUGCGUUUUGUUACUUCCUCAGUGGAGAAGAAAAUGAAAUCAAAAAAUGGUGGAAAGGAGGUGACCCCAGCUCAAGAAACAGAAAGGACGGAAGAAGCAUCAGACAUUGAGGGGCAGAUGAAGAAGAAUGAACACCGUAUCAGUGCAUCUACUGCCUAUCAGAUUGCUGCAUCUGCUGCUUCCUAUUUGCAUUCUCAAACAAAGAGCAUUCCUCCUUUUAUGUCCUCAAAGGCUGCAACAGAGGAAGACUCUCCUGGAGGUGGAGAGGCCAGUAAGAAUAUUGAUGUAACAAGCUCAGAGGUGGCUUCUUUUGUGGCAACUACUAACUCAGUAACAGCUGUGGUUGCUGCUAAGGAGGAAACAAAGCAAGCUGUUGUAAAGGAUUUGAACUCGGCAAAUUCAAACCCUUGUGAGUGGUUCAUAUGUGAUGAUGAUCGAAGUGGGACGAGAUUCUUUGUUAUUCAGGGUUCGGAGUCAUUGGCUUCUUGGCAAGCAAAUCUACUCUUUGAGCCCAUACAGUUUGAGGGACUAGAUGUACUUGUACACAGAGGGAUUUAUGAAGCUGCCAAAGGUAUAUAUGAACAGAUGCUUCCUGAAGUCCAUACCCACCUAAAGUCUCGUGGUGACUCUGCGACCUUCCGCUUCACUGGGCAUUCUCUUGGGGGUAGCUUGUCAUUGCUCAUAAACCUCAUGCUGUUGAUACGGGGUGAAGUCCCACCAUCCUCCUUACUUCCUGUUAUAACAUUUGGUGCCCCAUCUAUCAUGUGUGGAGGGGAUCAGCUUCUUCACAAGUUUGGCUUACCACGGAGCCAUGUUAAAGCAAUUACCAUGCACCGAGACAUUGUACCCCGGGCUUUCUCUUGCAUUUACCCUGAUCACGUAGCUGAACUUCUCAAGGCUGUUAAUGCCAAGUUCCGUAACCAUCCGUGUCUAAAGGACCAGAAACUAUUGUAUGCACCCAUGGGGGAGCUUCUAAUCCUACAGCCAGAGGAGAAAUUUUCUCCACACCACCACCUUCUUCCCUCUGGUUGUGGUCUAUACCUUCUAAAAGGCCCCGAGUCAGAUUCAUCUGAUGCAGAGAAGCAGCUCCAGGCCGCAAAAACUGUGUUCUUGAACUCGCCUCACCCACUUGAGAUCCUUAGUGACCGGUCAGCUUAUGGCUCUGAUGGCACCAUUUACAGGGACCACGACAUGAACUCCUACUUGAAGUCUGUGCAUGGUGUGAUCCGACAGGAGCUCAAUCGUAUCAGGAAGGCUAAAAGGAAACAGCGGCGCCAGAUGUGGUGGCCCCUCGUGGCUCCACACAUCAUCCACGGGGGUAUCAUUGUGGACAAGCAUGUUUCAUCUGGCAACAUGGGUCAGCACCAGCCCAGCUUAUCUGGCAUCUUCAGGAAUGGGAGGCCGACAUUGAAGCGGUUCAGUAGGUUGGUUGCAUCACAGCACUUGCAUUUGCUUGUUGUACUUCUGUUCCCUGCACGGUUGUUGCUGUUGGGGACAAAUUCUCUGGUUGGUUUCCAUUGAAUAAGGAAGAGCUUGGGGAUGUAUCUGUUCUUGCGGUAUUGCCGUUGGAGGAUGGGUAGAUUGUUAAAUUGUACAGGUAGAAGCAAUUGUCUGGUGGAUGGGGAGGUCAUUCUUUAUUUAUUGGUUUUACAAAUAUUCUUUCCUCCCAAAAGAAAAAGACUAGAGAGGAGCUGGAAUGUAAAGAACAAAUAUAUUGAUUUUAUGAAUGAAAGCAGAGGGGCCUUGAAAUUUUGGCUCUGCCGUA